AUGACACCAUUUAAAGCGGUCUAUGGGCGCGCUCCUCCCAUUGUAGUGCCUUAUGAGAUAAGAUCAUCUCUCCUACAAGAAGUUGAUGUGGAGCUACGUUCUCGUGAUGAAGUAUUAAGAGAGUUAAAAGCUAACUUGGAGUUGGCACGACAACAACAGAAAAUUCAAGCUGAUAAGGGAAAGAGAACAGAAGAGUUUGCUGUUGGCGAUUGGGUCUACCUCAAGUUACACCCCUAUCGACAACAGACCAUCUUUCGAUGCACACAUCAGAAACUUGCGAAUAAAUCCUAUGGGCCAUUUCAGGUAUCAAAGAGGAUAGGGUCGGUCACAUACGAGUUAGAUCUACCCCCAACAAGUCGUGUACAUCCGGUAUUCCAUGUUUCUUUGUUACGAAGACGUAUUGGAGAUAAAGUGGAAUCUGUCCCAUUGCCGCCAUUGAUAGAAAUAGGGUUUCCCAGUGAUUGA